CGACGCGACUUUGCCUCCCACUGCCUGCUUAUCGAUUAAGCUACUGGGGAAGUUGCCUUCCUUCCUUUGUACCUAUCAACCUACAUUGCCUCUCUCAUAAUGGAGUUUCUCUCUCCCUCUUAACAGCAGUUCUUCAACUAUAAACCUUCUUUCUAAUGACCAACGAAGCCAAAAAUGUCACUGGGGCAUAAGUGAAGCCGAUCCAGCCCCGAUACUGCAAGGCCAAGAGUGAUCUAUUAUGGGUCGCUCAAGGCAAACAGCGCGCCGCGGCAAGCCGGUCGUAAAAACUCCCAUUAUUGCGUUUCAUGAACCAUGGCCUGUUGAGUUCAUCAGCCAACUACACAUUCUCCCCGUCGAUGAUGAUGAUGAGGGCCAGUCUCAGGGCAAAGCAGUGACUGAGCCACAGCGCAAGCGGGUGAAGAGGUCUGGGGGGGAUGUUGAAUCACUCCUUGUGGCCAGAGAGGAACUAAAACUUGGGCGAAAGUGUCCAAAGGGAGCACCGAUCAAUGACCCGCAUCAUUCUCACCACCGCAAUAUCGGAUCCAACCUAAGCAUUUUUGUGAACCAAUCGAAGGAAUUGAAAAUCGUCGCUCGGCCACAAUCCGACGUCCCCCCGAUCAAUGUUUCAGUCGCGAUUCACUCCCACACCAUUAACGACCGUUUGGCGGCAUGUAUAGAUGUUUUCGCAAACCAUCGGACCAGGGCCGUUAAAGAAGGACAAAUUUGGGUUUCCCUUGACGCUGUUCUGAGCACCCAAGAAGAGUUUCUCAACAUCACCUUUUGCUUCAGCAUCUAUUGGAAUGAGACCAAGACCCCUUACAGUUGGUUGCGAUCUUCCAGCGAGCGCAAGAUAAGCCAGCGGAUCCUUGAUGUUUUCUUGCCGGAUGGAACCUCUUCAUCCGCCAUGCGCCCUAAGCGAGAAAGUUGGUCACCAUUGGACUUUUACGAGGCAGCCCACGUACCUGCCGCCGAUGACCAGACGGCGCUCUCGAUCGAGGUUCCAGAACUUUCCGCAACCCUUUAUCCCUAUCAGAAGAAGACGGUUCAAUGGCUUCUCAACCGGGAGGGUGUUUGUUGGAACGUCUCCGGCCCUGAUUCUGUCUCCUCCAUCGAAGACCUACCGGCUCCUCAGGACGCCGAUGGCGCAUACAGUUUCCGGAAGGUUCAGGAUCCACUGGCAACCGGGAGGCCUUUCUAUGUCAGUCACCUGUAUCACGCCAUAACUACCGACCUUGCUCCUUUCCAGCAUGCUGAGCAGUCUGUCAGAGGCGGCAUUCUAGCUGAGGAGAUGGGUCUUGGCAAAACGCUCGAAAUUAUUGGCCUCAUUACGCUCCAUCGUCGGUCACUCACCGAGAAAGUUGUGCACACGAGGGAAGGCGAAGAGCUCCUCACGACUGGCGCCACCCUCAUUGUUACGCCGGACUCGUUGCGACAGCAAUGGAUGGAAGAACUCGAGCGGCAUGCACCUCACCUGAAGGUCAGAUACUACUCUGGACGCAAACAUGCCAAGAUCGACGCCGAGGAGGAGCUUCGAGUAGACUUGGCUUCCCAAGACGUCGUUAUCACAACUUACCCUAUCCUAUCGGCAGAAGUGCACUUCGCAAUGAAGCCUCCCGAGAGAUCUCGUCGUCAAGAAAGAAAGUACGAACGUCUAGAGUCCCCACUAACGAAGAUCUCAUGGUGGCGAGUCUGCCUCGACGAGGCGCAGAUGAUUGAAAGCGGGGUCACUGGCGCAGCAGCCGUCGCCAGGGUGCUUCCUCGAAUCAACGCUUGGGGCGUCACCGGGACACCAGUGAAAAACGACGUCAAGGACCUGUACGGUCUGCUCGACUUCUUGCGUUACGAACCCUAUGCCUCGUCAGCACAGGUUUGGAGAGCCUUGACAGAGUCACACAAAACGCUCUUCCGCUCCCUCUUUGAAAGCAUUGCUCUGCGUCACACCAAGCAGUUGGUCAGACACGAAAUUGCGGUACCGCCACAAAAGCGAUUCGUGAUCACAUUGCCGUUUACUGCCGUGGAGGAGCAGUAUUACGGUGAGAUGUUCAAGAAGAUGGCCCAGCGUUGCGGUAUGAAUACUCUCGGCGCCCCUUUACAGCCCAAAUGGACGCUAGAGGAUUAUGAGAAUGAGAUGCGGACUUGGCUCAACCGAUUGAGACAGUCAGCCCUCCAUCCCGAAAUCGUCCAAAGGCGAACCACUGGUCGCAAAGUCGGCCCCAUGCGCACAGUCGAAGAAGUCCUGGAUGCGAUGAUCGAGCAGAGUGACAAUGAUAUCCGAACCGAACACAGGGCGUACUUACAGACUAGACUCACGCAUGGCCAGAUGCUCGAAAACAGCCCCAGGGUAAAGGAAGCCCUCGAAAUAUGGGAAACAGUGAAGGAGAGUGCCGCAGUCCUCGUUGUGGAAUGCCGGCAAGAGCUCAAGCUGGUGCUGGAAGAGCUCUCUGCCAUGGGCAAGAGUGCAGCCUCCCUCUCGGCAUUCAGUACUCGAGAUGACGCCUCUGCUUCGGGUUAUGACGACGAGGAUGAGGCGGAUGAUGGUUCAAGCAAUCCUCGCGUCGGCGAGGCUCGGGCGAAGUUGCGACAUGCUUUGGAAGUUCUGCACAAAGCUACAUUCUUCUGUGCCAAUGCUUUCUUCCAGAUCAAGUCCAACAGUGACAUGACCGAACCCGAUUCAGACGAGUUCAAAAAGCUUCAACAACUGGAAGAUGCAGAAUACGGGAAGGCCCAGGAGAUUCGGCGAGAAAUCCUGUCGGAUGGCCACGACAGAGCAAUGUCACUGAUUGAAAAAUUGGGACGACAAGCCCACAAUCAGACGUUUGUCGAGAUCCCAGAACUUGUCUACACUGAGAUGAAAGGACUAGAAAGUGGCCCGCCGCUUGAAAUGCUCGAAAGGCUCCACGGCAUUCUGAACGAACAAGCAAAUCGCAUCGAUGAGUGGAGAGAGACUGUUAUCCAACUGCUUCGCCAGGCAUUGAUUGACCAAGAAUCAGAGGUUGAGGUCACCGGCGAGGAGUUCAUAGAUUCCACCAAGAUCCAGGAGGAACUGAUUGUUCACGUGCAAGUCUUGCGUGCUGCCAUCGCCGACCGCCAGGAAGCCAUCUCAGGACUUGAGAAUCAACUAAUCAAACACGAGACGCGAGUCUCGCUUGCCGCGGCUGAGAAUGGCGACGGCCCAGCCCCUGAGAAGCUCCUUGCCCUUUACCGCCUCCGGGACGAGGUAAAGCCUUCUCCAGACGAUUAUGGGUCUCUUCGUCGCGUCGUUUCGGAUCUUCGAGCCGUCGCAUCGCGGUUGCCAAAAGACGGCACUGGCGGCCGGGCAAGCACCGAGGGUGAGAUUGUGCACCGGCAUAUCAGAGCCACGCAAGCACAUAUCACCUCUCAAACCAAGGUUGCUACGGCUCUGGAACGCGAAGUUGACCGCUUCACGAGUGCCAUGAACGCCAGGGUUGAAUACUAUCGGCAGUUGCAGGCUGUAUCUGAUAGCGUCGCUCCUUAUGAGGGCCCUAAUGACGACCAGGCUAUAGCAGCCUGUGUUGCGAGUGAGGAGAGACAUCAAACCAAGCUCGGCUCAGCCAAGGCGAAGCACCGAUACUUGCUCAACCUCAAGAAAGAAGGAGGCCAGUCUAACGAACCUCGGUGGUGCAUCAUUUGUCAAACAUACUUCACGACGGGUAUACUGACGAUUUGCGGCCACGAGUUCUGCAGAGAUUGCUUGAAACAGUGGUAUCGAGCACACCAUAACUGUCCCAUGUGCAAAAGGAAGCUCCGGCUCACCGAGCUCCAUGACAUUACCCUCAAGCCCAGAGAGCUCAAACUGCACAAGGACAGCUUGCACGCAGAUACGGCAACUGGCAUGUUGCCUGAAGCAAGCAAGAACCAGGUCGCUAGGACCAGUGGCAUCUAUUCUCAUUUCAGCGCCGACAAGCUUGCGCAGAUCAACGAUAUCGAACUGGCCUCCUUGUCAUUCGGGACGAAGAUUGACACUCUCGUACGGCACAUUCUCUGGCUGAGAGAAUCAGACCCCGGAGCAAAGUCCAUCAUCUUUACCCAAUUCAGGAGCUUCUUGGAUAUUCUAGGCGCAGCAUUCGAUCGCUACAAGAUCGGGUUUUCCACCAUUGACCGGCCAAACGGGAUCACGAGGUUCAAAGGAGAUCCAGGCAUCGAGUGCUUCAUGCUCCACGGCCGGGCCAACUCGAGUGGUCUCAACCUUGUCAAUGCGAGCCAUGUCUUUCUGUGCGAGCCGCUGCUGAAUACAGCGCUCGAGCUUCAGGCGAUCGCUCGAGUCGACAGAAUCGGCCAGAAAAACGAGACGACAGUCUGGUUAUAUCUGAUUGAGGGCUCGGUGGAAGAGUCCAUCUACAACCUGUCAGUCAAGCGACGCAUCGAUCACAUGGGCCAGAGUUCCAAAGCCAAGUUCAAGGACUCCACCCCAGAGAUCCAAGAGCCUACUUUGGAGGCUGCGAAUACUCUUGAGCUGGAGCAGGCUUCUUUGAACCGUUUGAUGAGCAGAGACAAGAACGCAGGCGAAGCGGUCGCCGCGGAAGACCUCUGGGAAUGCCUGUUUGGGCAGGUGUCGCAGCGAACCACAGCGGACGUUACGGAUGGGAUCAUUGACGAAGACGAUGAGUGAUGGAUGGGCCGGAUACGCAUCCCCGCCGUAAGAAGGGAAGGUACAUUGAACCCAGUCUUUCAAUGAAGCAUGAGUAGACGUAAGGUGUGAGGCGUUGGAAAGGAGUUAUUUGACGUUUCAAGUGUACAUAUGCCUGUUCUUGUGUAUGAUACACGUUUAGUGCGGUAUCCCCUGGCUAGAGGUUGUGACUAAUAUGUCUCUUACGACAUGAGACUGGGGUUGAAAACAUUACCAACUAUCCAAGUUUCAAAAAUAUUUU